UACACACCCCACCUACUCACGUCCCCUUUUUGCGCCUGUAUACCCUUGUUCUCGAUACACAGUUGUGCAUUGACCCGACAUGAGUUCACCUCUACGCUCCAACAUGUCGUCUGCGAACCGUGGGGCAGGCCCCAGCAGGGGCAACAACAAGCGUGCUCGCGAUGACGGACUUUCGUCUUCAGGAGCGCUCCCACCGUCGAGCCCCAUGGCUUCUUCGCCGCCCAUGCUACCCCAAGACGAGGAUGCAGACAUGCUUGACGACGACGAUAUUAUCCGCGAUGUCGAUGACCUAGACGAGGAAGCCGAGGAAGCUGAGGGUAUCGAUCUUUUCGCAGACGACUUCGAGAACGACUACAGCAGGCGCGAGAACGACGCAUACGAGGGCGAGGGCAUCGAUGAUGAAGGCGAAUACGACGAGCUUACUCUAGACCAAAGGCGAGAGCUCGAGAGACGUCUCAAUGCCCGUGAUCGAGAAGCCAGACGUCGCAUGCCAGCCGCCUUCUUGCCGGACGACGAUGACCAGGAUGGUUUGGCUGAUCUGAUGGGCCAGGGCCGUCGCCGUGUACGAAGACACCGAUAUGACGAGGACCAGGAUGAUAUGGACAUGGGCGAUGAUAUCAUGAACGAGGAGCUGACCCUGGAGGCUCUCACCGAUGUCAAAGCCAACAACCUGACUGAUUGGGUCGCGCAGCCACAGGUCGCCCGUACUAUUGCCCGCGAGUUCAAGUCUUUCCUGACAGAGUACACCGACGAGAACGGCACAUCGGUUUACGGUACUCGCAUUCGAACACUUGGUGAGGUCAACGCCGAAUCGCUAGAAGUGUCGUUUGACCACCUUGCCGAGUCCAAGGCUACAUUGGCAUACUGGCUUGCGAACACUCCGACCGAGAUGCUCAAGAUCUUUGACCAGGUCUCCAUGGAAGUCGUACUUCUUCACUACCCUGACUACGAGCGCAUUCACAACGAGAUCCACGUUCGAAUCACAGACGUACCCGUCCAGUACACUCUGCGCCAGCUUCGUCAAUCCCACCUGAACAGUCUGGUUCGCGUCAGUGGAGUCGUCACUCGCCGCAGCGGAGUCUUCCCUCAGCUCAAGUAUGUCAAGUUCGACUGCACAAAGUGCGGUACAACGCUUGGCCCCUUCCACCAGGAUUCGAAUGUUGAAGUCAAGAUCUCCUUCUGCCAGAAUUGUCAGUCGCGUGGUCCUUUCACAGUCAACUCAGAACGAACAGUAUACCGCAACUACCAGAAGCUCACACUACAAGAGUCCCCAGGAACUGUUCCUGCUGGUCGUUUGCCCCGUCAUCGCGAGGUCAUUCUGCUCUGGGAUCUGAUCGACUCCGCGAAGCCGGGCGAGGAGGUUGAAGUUACUGGUAUCUACCGAAACAACUACGACGCUGCUCUCAACAACAAAAACGGAUUCCCCGUCUUCGCCACCAUCUUGGAGGCGAACUAUGUUGUCAAGUCCCACGAUCAGCUGGCUGGUUUCCGAUUGACUGAUGAGGACGAGCGCGAGAUCCGAAGACUGGCGAAGGACCCUAAGAUUGUGGACAAGAUCAUUGACUCGAUAGCACCCAGUAUCUACGGCCACACCGAUGUCAAGACCGCUGUCGCACUAUCAUUGUUUGGUGGUGUUAGCAAAGAGGCAGCUGGCCGUCACUCUAUUCGUGGUGACAUCAAUGUCCUGCUUCUCGGAGAUCCGGGUACAGCCAAGUCACAAGUUCUGAAGUACGUCGAGAAGACAGCUCAUCGUGCCGUCUUCGCCACUGGCCAAGGAGCGUCUGCUGUCGGUUUGACCGCAUCCGUUCGCCGCGACCCUAUGACCAGCGAAUGGACUUUGGAGGGAGGUGCAUUGGUGCUUGCCGACAAGGGCACAUGUCUCAUUGACGAGUUCGACAAGAUGAACGACCAAGAUCGAACAUCUAUCCACGAAGCCAUGGAACAGCAGACCAUCUCUAUCUCCAAGGCUGGUAUCGUUACAACCCUUCAGGCUCGUUGCGCCAUCGUCGCAGCUGCCAACCCCAUUGGUGGUCGCUACAACUCCACUAUCCCCUUCUCACAGAACGUCGAACUGACUGAGCCCAUCUUGUCUCGUUUUGACAUUCUAUGCGUCGUGCGUGAUACGGUCGAUCCGAAGGAAGAUGAGCGUCUCGCUAAGUUUGUCGUCAACUCUCACGGCCGCGCACAUCCCCUCGUCAACUCUGCAUACGGCUACUCAGACAAGGCUAAGGCAACACAAGAUGGCGAGAACGACGAGGGUAUGGAGGUCGACGAGCAGGAAACCUCUCGUAAAGAAAGCGAGAUUCCACAAGAGCUGCUGAGGAAGUACAUCCUCUACGCACGCGAGAAGUGCAGGCCCAAGCUCUAUCAGAUCGAUCAGGACAAGGUUGCUCGUCUUUUCGCUGAUAUGCGCCGUGAGUCGAUGGCAACUGGAGCAUACCCCAUCACCGUCCGUCAUCUUGAAGCUAUCCUCCGUAUCGCAGAAGCGUUCUGCAAGAUGCGUCUAUCAGACUACUGCUCUUCACAAGAUAUCGAUCGCGCUAUUGCCGUCACUGUUGAUUCGUUCGUCGGCUCGCAGAAGGUCAGCGCGAAGAAGGCUCUGGCAAGGUCGUUCGCCAAGUACACACUGAACAGGCCUGGUGCCGUUCGCGCGCCUGCGAGGGCUGGGCGCAAUGCUCAGCGAGCAGCUGCAUGAUUAUUCGACAGUGGAUUCGAGGAAGGCUACAUGUACCACGUGAUUUGGAUAGGGCGAUGUGGACGGUGCAGUAUCACGAGGCUGCGUACUGUUGGAGCAAAUGCAAGUGUUGCGAGAUUUAUCCAUACAGCUCCUGGCGUUCGGAGUUUGUCAAUAGCUACAUAU